AUGGAAAUUCGAGGGAAUGUCAUUGUCGUAUUGGACAGCAGCACUGAUUUAAAGUCCUUCAGUAGUCAUUCUCCUCUCUAUCAAUGUCUUCGAAUCAAAAUGCAACACAGUCAAAAACCCUUCAGUUUAACCUUUCGUUAUGUGACGAGUCUUGUUGGAGAUUUUGAUCUGAAACUACCGAACCAUGAAUUCGCGAACUCUCAACGCAAGAACAAUGGCACUGCCAUGAAUGAUCCUUGUGAUGUCAAAAUUACUUCAUCCCUAAUUAUGGUUUCGGAUGCAUCUAAUUGUCGAAUAUUAUUCUUUGAUUUGAAAACAAAAACAUUUAAAUUUACAAUUCAUGAUCCUCAUCGGCCCUAUGGUAUGGCUGUAGAUCCGUAUUAUGAUUCAAAUUCUCUCUAUAUCACUUGUAGGGAUAAUUAUGUAAAAAAGUAUGAUUUGGAAUCGAGAGCAGUGGUGUGGAGUAAAUUUCACAUGGAUUUUCAUUAUCCGUGUGGAAUUGUUGUGGAAAGUCAUCAAGUAGAAAAUGCCAAAGUUAUUGUUGCCGAUUGUGGUAAUCGAUGUUUCAGAAUAUUUUCGAAAAGGAAUGGAGAUUUUAUUGCAAAAUGGGAAUAUCAAUUGGAACGUUUGACUGAGAUGCCAUUUGGAUUGGAAUUGGAUGGAGAUGGCGACAUUUUGUGUACUAAUUUAAUAUCGCAUACAGUAUCAUGUAUUUCGAAAAAUGUAAAUCAUUUGAAAGUCUAUUGGACCAUGGGAAAGAAAGGAACUCAAACUGGUGAAUUUCAAUAUCCACGUGGUGUAUUUUUUGAGAAAUCUACAUCUCUUAUAUAUGUUUGUGACCAAUCCAAUAACCGUAUUAAUGUAUUUUCAAAUCGAGGAGAUUUUAUUCAAUCUUUUGGCAGUCCCAAGAAUGCACCUGGAUCUGGUAUGAAUGAAUUGAAUGCUCCAGUGGGGUUAUGCAUUUCUGAAACGACUGGAGAAUUGUUUGUGGUCGAUAUGGGUAACAAUAGAGUUCAAGUUUUCAAGUGA